UCAUAUAAACCCAAACAAACUUUAAAAUUGUUUCUAGUAUAUUUCAUAAUUAAUCUUGAGUCACAAUUUUUAAAUAUAUUAUUACGUGAAUGCAAGGACUGCAAGGUAAUAGUUAGUGAGACUGUAAGCCGACAACAUAAGCUGCUUGUUCUGGACAUCGAAGUAAAAAGCGAAACUAAACAAAAAUAUCGGAGAGGACCACAAAAACUCAAAUGGUGGAUGCUAAAAGAUGAGAAAGAAGGUCUAUUCUGGGAAAGAAUAGUAGAAAAAAUAUGUUGGAACAUGAUACGUAGCCCUAACACAAUUUGGAGAAAAAUGGCCAAUAUUAUUAGAGAGACGGCUAUUGAAAUAUGUACUUAGGAAAACGUCACGAAAGAAGUUUGAGGAUAAAGAGACUUGGUGGGAGUCAAAUGAAGUACAAGGGAAAAUAAAAGAGAAGGGAAAAUAUAUAAAAAGUGGCAAGAAACCAGAUCGGACAUAGAUCUUCAAAACUAUAUGGUCGCCAAAAAGGAAGCGAAAGUAGCAGUAGCAAAAGCUAAAGCAGAAGCGUAUUCAAACCUAUACGAUCAAUUGAUACCAGGAAAGGCGAAGCAAAGAUAUAUGUAUAUAAAAUAGCCAAACAGAGAGCAAAGAAAGCAAGAGAUUUUAAUCAGAUUAGAUGUAUCCGAGAUGAAAAUAAUAAAAUACUAGUUCACGACGAAAGGGAUGUCAAAAAGAGAUGGAGAAAGUACUUUGACAGCUUAUUAAAUGAAGAAUUUGACAGACAGCCUGUAGAGUCAACGGAGAUAGUACCAGCAAUGGUCACCAAAAUAACAAACGAGGAAGUGGCUCAAACGCUUCAAAAAAUAAAGAAAGGAAAAGCAGUCAGACCAGAUGACAUUCCUGGGGAAGUAUGGAGAGCAUUGGGAGAGACAGGAAUAAGUUGGAUAGCAGGUCUAUUGUAUGCUGAUGAUGUGGUGUUAAUGGGAAAUAGUGAAAGAGACUUAGAACAAAAACUGGAACAGUGGAGACAAGCUCUGGAGGAAAAAGGUUUAAAACUUAGUAGGACAAAGGCAGAGUAUUUGGAAUGUUCAUUUAAAGAUGGAGUUACUACAAAUAAAAUGGUAUCUUUGGAUGGUGAAAUGAUUGUGAAAAGCAAUAGUUUUAAGUACCUAGGAUCGGUAUUACAGAGUAAUGGAGAAAUAGAUAGAGAUGCAUGCAGUAGAAUUAGGGCUGGAUGGAUGAAGUGGAAAGAAGCGAGUGGUGUGUUGUGUGACAGAAAAAUUCCAAUGAAGCUGAAGGGAAAAUUCUAUAAAACAGCCAUAAGACCGACUAUGAUGUACGGAACUGAAUGUUGGGCAGUGAAAAAUAAAGAGGAACAACGAAUGCAUGUGGCGGAAAUGAGAAUGCUUAGAUGGAUGAGUGGAGUGACAAAGAAGGAUAAAAUUAGAAAUGAGUAUAUUAGGGCAAGUCUAGGUGUGGCACCAAUUGAUGCCAAAAUGAGAGAGCAUAGGUUAAGAUGGUUUGGUCAUGUUCAACGUCGAGACGUUAAUCACCCAAUACGAAGAAUAGCUGAAGUGCAGAUUCCUGGAAGGAGUAGGAGAGGAAGACCAAAGAAGACCUGGGGGAGACGAUAAGGCAGGAC